GCCGCGCCUUGGGGUGGUGCCUGUGCCGCCGCGAGCACAAAACCCCCGCGCGCCGUCCUCGCCGUCUCCGGUCGCCCCGGAGGACCGGCAUCAGCCCGAGAUCAUCGCCAUCUCCGACGACGACGGCGGUUCCCGAUUCCGUGGCGCCGUGCCGCUCGACAUGAUCGAGGAGAGCGGCCGUCGCGUGAGGCCCGUCAAGGAGGAGGCUCUCGACGACUUGGACUGCGAUUGGGUUCGUUCAGCGGAGGCGAAGCGCGCCUUGGUGGCGGUUCUGCCCCCCGGAAGCUCUCACGCGAAGAGGAAGCGGAAGAGAGCAUCGUCCGGCAGAGCCAAGCCCGACAAGCGCGCCGACGGCGGCGUUCACGCGUUGGACCGGAAUUCGAGCGCUUCAGGGGCUGGUCAUCCCACGGCGUGGAUGUCCGACGACGCCAGGAGCUCCAGGGGUGUGAAGAGCAGAGAGUCAAGCAGAGGAGUCGCGGGUGACCGGCCGGGUUCGGCCAAGAAGGCCCUCGUGUCCAGCGAAGAAUCCAGGGGUGCACCGGGAAAAGCGAGGAGUGGAGGAGGUGCGAGAAGGGAGAGGAGCACUAGUGUGGCACCGGCGAACUGGAUCGGCACCAGCAUUGGGUCGCGGAUCCGGUCAAGGUCGCGGAAGCAGGGGACAGGGCAGUACUCUGCUCGAGUGUCGUCCGAGGAUACAGGGGAGGACGAAGUGCAGGAGCAGAAGCAGAAGAGAGUGGAAGAUGUGGAGUCCAUGGACGUAGAUGACGACGACGACAACAACACCAAUGAGGCUGGCAAUGGCAUACAGAAAGAGAGUGAGCAGGACGAGGCUUUGGAGGGAAGGAGCAGGCAGGAUAGCCAUGCUUUGAUUGAUAAUGAGGAGGAGGUGGGGGAAAAGGAAUUGUCGGAAGAGGAGGAAGAUGACAAUCAAGAAGAAAGCCAUAGCAUGUACGAUGGCGAAGGUGAACAAGAAGAGGAUGCAUCUGAAGAGGUUGAGCAGGAAAUGGAUGAAACAGGGGAGGAGGACGAAAAGGAACUGGAUGGAACUGGGGAGGAGGACGAACAGGAACUGGAUGGAGCAGGGAAGGCGCAGCCAGUCACGCCUAGCAACACCAUUGCAGGUAGCAGUAUGAGAUCAGGAGGCGAUGACACACGAGUCUUCAGGAGGAGGGUUUUUGAGGGCAUAUGUUUGCCUCAGAAGCCACGCAAGACUGUUGGCAAGGGCAUUGGAGCGAGGACGCGAUCACAGCGAAAAUGCAAGGACAAAAAACUGCUCAGACGUGGAACUUUCAGUAAACCCUACAAUAUUGAUAUUCCAGACUCGACCUCUGAUUCUGAAGAAGAUAUUGAGCCACCAGCGCCACAGCAAGGACUGCUUUCAUCAAGUGAGGAAGGCAACAUAACUUUUGGCAAAAGGAAGCACAGAAGAGCAAUAAAAAACAGACGGCGCAAGAGACCGAGUACCAGUAGUGACGAGGAGUACAGAGUAUAUGCUAGGGACGGCAAAGAUAGGCCUUUUCGGAGGCUGAAGAAGGGGCUAUCCAAACUUCAGGCUGGCAAGGAAGGUUGCGGAAGGUAUGUUGGUUCAAAUCCUGGGCAUGCCAAAUACAAUGGUCCAAAUGGCGAGAACCAGUCCAAUGAACAGGAUGGUAUUUUCUUCAAAAGAACGGCACAUAAGAUUCGAAUGAAGAAGCACGGUCCAGUAGCGAAAGCUGCAUAUGACGAACUCCUUAAUUCCUUGUUCUCUGGCUGGGAGGAUCAUAUAAAUGAUCCUGAUCAUGCAGCAGCUGGAAAUAGUUUACCUUUGGUAUUCUCAUUCGGAGAUGAGGAUGCAGAAGAGAAUAUAGAAAACGACAAGUAUCAAGAAGACCUGUGGAGGGAAUGCGACAUUGCUUUUGAAUCCAUGGAUAUUGGUAACGGCUCUGAAGAGGAUGGGCUAGAAAUACCUCCAGUGGAAGUAACUUCUUGCAAUAAUGGGCAGCAUGAAUUCAUUAUUGACGAACAAAUAGGAGUUCGGUGCAAGCAUUGCAAUGUUGUCGAUAUCGAAAUCCGACAUGUACUGCCUACUUUGGGGAAAUUUUCUGCAGAAAGGGAAUCAGCAAUCGACCCUGAGUUGGACAAGAUGCUUAAGGAAAUGCUCAGUGUUUUUGAACAAAAUGAUGUGCUGGUAUCAAAUGGACAUGAACUACCUUGUAAUUUUGGUGGUCACAAAGCUGGUUCAGUCUGGGAUCUCAUUCCUGGAGUCAAGGAAACUAUGUUCCCGCACCAGCAGGAUGCAUUUGAGUUCUUGUGGACGAAGCUUGCAGGAGGUACUACAAUUGAACAGCUAAAGCAAACCGUAAAAUCUGAUGUUGGAGGUGGUUGUGUGAUUUCUCAUGCACCUGGGACGGGAAAGACACGACUAGCAAUCACAUUUGUUCAAUCCUACCUUGAGGUUUUCCCACGCUGUCGCCCGGUUAUCAUUGCCCCCAGGGGGAUGUUAGCGACAUGGGAGAAGGAGUUCAGGAAAUGGAAGGUAAAGCUCCCUUUUCAUGUACUGAAUUCCACUGAGAUCAACUGGAGUGAAGACAAGACCAUCCAAGAACAGGUUGCCAAGAAUGGAACUUUUCAUCGAAGGCUGCUGACAGAUAAAAUGGAUCAAAAUUAUAGGCGAUUGGUGAAGUUAGGGUCCUGGAUGAAUGGUACCAGUAUAAUCGGUUUGAGCUACUCGCUUUUUAGGAAGCUAGCUAAUCAUGAAGGCAUGGACGGGGAUAAGGUGAGGAAGCUGCUGCUUGAGAAACCUGGCUUGCUUGUCCUUGAUGAAGGGCACACACCAAGGAACAAGAAGAGUCUUAUCUGGAAGGUUCUUGAAAGGGUUUCCACUGAAAAGAGAAUAAUUCUAUCGGGCACUCUAUUCCAAAACAACUUUGAGGAGCUCAAAAACACCUUGCGCCUUGUCAGGACAAAGGAGGCAGAUGGGCCAAAGGAGGCAGAUGCAGUGCAUCUAGAGACGGACGAGGGCAAAGAUUUCUGGUCUUCAUUGAGACUGAAUGACAUCACAGAGGCAGACAUAAAUGAAGUGAGGAAAAAAUUGGACCCUAUUGUCCACAUUCACAGUGGCAAAUUUCUUCAGAAGUCUCUCCCAGGUCUGGGAGAAUCCGUGGUGAUUCUGAACCCUCUUCCUUAUCAGAAAGAAGUCAUCGCAACUAUGGAGAAGACUGUGGCAACGACGGGUCUUGAUGAGGAAUACAAAAUCUCGAUUGCAUCAAUACAUCCCUCCCUCCUUGCCAGUGCAAAAUUGUCUGAACAAGAGGAAUCUAUCUUGGACAUACCUAAGCUAGAGAGUUUACGCUCCCGUCCAUCUGAAGGGGUUAAGACGAGGUUUGUUUUGGAGAUUGUCCGUCUGUGUGAAGCGCUAAAUGAACGGGUGCUAGUGUUCAGUCAAUAUCUUGGACCAUUGUCGUUGAUCAUGGAGCAGCUGAAAGCAAAGUUCAAUUGGGCUGAAGGCAAAGAGAUCCUGCUAAUGAGUGGAAAAGUUCCUGUUAAAAAUCGCCAAACCAUGAUGGAGGUCUUCAAUGACAUGAAAAGCAAGGCCAAGGUAAUGCUUGCAUCAACGAAGGCAUGCUGUGAAGGCAUUACACUUAUCGGGGCAUCACGUGUGGUUCUACUUGAUGUUGUGUGGAACCCCUCUGUUGGAAGGCAAGCGAUUGGCCGAGCUUACAGAAUUGGUCAGGAAAAGAUUGUGUACACAUACAAUCUAAUUGCACAAGGAACAAGAGAGAAGAGCAAAUAUGACACACAAGCUAAGAAGGAGCACAUGUCUAAAUUGCUCUUUUCAAAAGAACCAGAGCAUGGAGAAUGCAACUUGCCUCCAGAACUGACGUUCAAUGAUAGGGUUUUGGAAGAAAUGACUGCACGUGAAGACCUCAAAGAAUUGUUUGUAAAGAUUUAUGUUGACAAUCAAACUGAUGGGUCACGUGGAGAGAUGGAGAAGAACAAUACAUGUCCGCAGGACUAAUAAUAUGAAACAGGAUGGUGGAAAACAACGAAGGGCCCUAAACCAGAUGACAGAUUAUGAAGAUGCUGUCGCUGCCAAGGAAAUUUGGUGGGUUUCUUGUGUUCUAAGACCUCAGAUCCGUGAGGGUUCUAAGCUAGAGUCGAAAGGGAUGACCAAGAAGUUUAUCUACACAGCACAGGUGAGCUGUGGCUAAACCUGCAGAAAGAUAUGUUGAUCGUAUUGCUCUUGUACUGGAGAUUCUUUGACAAUUGCGUUGUUUCUAAUUUUCCAUUCUGGUGCAUCGAUCAAUCUAACGUGCACAGAACACAGCUAUUUUUUUUAAGAUCUGGAAACCCAGCAUUUAAUUAAUAUAAGAGCAACUCUA